GGAUAAUAGGCGGUUUUGCUUUUGCCGGCCAGCUCGCCGACCAGCCGACCAAGCGCGAGACCUGCGUCGAAAAUAAACCGCACGCCGUCGCCCACGCGCUCACUGUCGCCCCACGCGCAGGUUGUUUAUAACAUGGCAGACGACGAGGGGGCCUUCGACGCCGCCGACGUCAUGAGCAACAUAGUGCGCACGAAUACGGUCCCUCCGCCGAAACGCAAACCCUCGCGCCUCCUAGCUCUUAGCAUGCUCGCCGCUGUGACCGCCGCCACCCUUUCAGACAACCGCGGCCUGCGCAACGCGGUUGGUGUUGUUAUUGCCCGCGAGGGCACUGAUGCAUCAGCCAAGCCCAUAUGGAAGGCACUGUCACCAAAAAACACAAGAGAAGGAAUAAGCGGGUCACUCCACUCCAUUAUGCUCAAACCUGCGACGGCAGCGGGGAGGAAACUGGCCCAGGCCGCUAGAGGCACCAAAUGUUUCAUGUUCAAACAGGACCAGUGCCCCAGCAUGAUCUACAAGGAUACUGUCUUCAUGCUGACAGCAUCAGGCUUGCUUUGCGUCGCUUACACGAUAUCUUACGUCAAUGGCAAGGUCGGCUGUAGUAAAAAUUACACCAAACAUAACAAAGGUCGCAAGUGUAAGGGCUGGCAAUGUUUUGUUGACUUACAUCAUGUGGCGACUCGUAGCUACCUUUCUGGUUUGUGUUUUGUCCCGAACGCCAUCAACAAACUCAUCGAGAAGAUCGUUAACCCGAGGCCUGUACAUGGGUUACCAGACAAGAACAUUGAAGCCUCCUACAAAGCCCACAAGCCUCAUGUUAUACUCGAUAAUAUAUCCGAACUCAAGGGGCACGAAGAUAGUAUUCGAGCUGGAGACGUCGAUUGUGUGGAGUGCCAGCGCGGCACGUCAAAGGGACAUCCCUCAAAACUACUCCUCACUUCGCUCAUGCCCGGCCAGCCCAACUUUGUAUAUUUGAAGAGGGCCGAUUCCGCUCACCGGCGGCUCGCUGGGGUCGGCACGCGCGACGAGGGCAUCUACCAGUUCGUGUCCACGUCCCGGCCCGACUUUAUUCAUCCUUCUUGUGUUAUCCAAGUAUACACGCACAUACCGCCGAAGGGGUCGGGCCAACCAAAGAAUCAAAAGCUGAUUCGUGUUCUGCACUGCCGGUGCCCCAUUCUCGGAAUUGGCGGCACCAAGGUUGGCGGCGGCUCCAGCGGCGAGGAAUCGAAGAGCAAGACGUGGCCGGUGGUCCUUCAUCAUCUUGGCAAGGAUGAUUUGAGCUUGGUAGUCUUUUGCCACAACGAGGUCAACCUAGCCCUAGAUUUCAUUCCUUGAGUAACUAUUUGAUCCCUAC